CCCGUUUUCAACCCUUUUUGGAAGCAGACGAGGCGAGGUCUUCACUUGUGGUACAAAGAGAGUGCUCGGGCGACUCUACAAACAGCUCACCUGUGGGUAAAUGACCAUUACGACGACGACGACAACGACGACGACGACGACGACGACGAGCAAUCCUCAAGCCAAUGCGAAUGCGAACAGCGCUGCAACUGCGACGAUGAGUGCUCCAAGUGCGCCGAGUGGCCAUGCUCCACUCGCAGCACCAGGCUCGAAUACCAGUCCCAGUAGCACGACGACGAGCACGACGACGAGCACGAGCACGAGCACUGGCAAUGCAAAUCCAGUGACGGAAUGCCGCGUUUGCAGGGCGACCAUUGCGCUGCCAAUUCUACUCGACUGCCUGCACACUUGCUGCCUGCGCCACCUGGUCCCUGCUGGCCUGCUGAGCCUGAUGCCGCCAAGCGCGGCGGUUGGCUGCCAGAGCCCGUCCGCCAUCUCGAGUGGUAGCGCCGCCGGUCCCAUUGGCAAUGGUCAUCAAGCGUUUUCCACAGUCGAGGCUGCUACUUCUGCGACUGCUACAAAUACUGCUGCUGCUGCUGCUGCUGCGAACGAGAUGGCUAUCGAACCGUCGCAUCGACGGAGCUCGGAUGAAGCUGCAGCAGCGUCCAGCCAGACUGUCACUACCGUCGGCACCAGUCCACGCCAGUCACUGACGGGUGGGAUGAUGCUGGUCGCUUCAUCAAGCUUUGACCACGCCGGGAUUGCAGCAGCCAACGACACAAGCGCCCUGGUCAUGCUGAACGAACGACAGGGAUAUCUGAUUUGCCCGCUGUGCAGCUCGCAAACGCGCGUUGAUGCAGCUACUGCAAGCCAGAUUGACCAGAACUCAACGCCUACCAUGGCCCAGCUCGCAGCCACCAUCAGACUAAAUGCGGACGAGCUGGCGCAACAGACUGGCUCGGCGGUCAUUGCAGGCAUACGAAACCCGGCCGCGAUGCUCAUUGCCGUUCUGGCCAAGCGUGACGAGCUUCUCACCUUUGUUGUCGACAGUACGGAGAACAAAGUCCGAGCCACGUGUGCGAAUUGCGAGCAGCACCAAGCCGACUUUUUCUGCAACACCUGCGAGGCGCCGCUCUGCCAGGUUUGCCGUCAAACGACACAUUCAGCACGGCUAUUCCAAAGCCAUAAUGUUGUUGGACUGUCGGAUGUUGCAACUUCUGGCGACGUCAGCCACGAAAUGUGGUCGCGAUGUGCCAUUCACCGCAAGCCCCUAGAGCUCUUUUGCCUUGAACACUACUGCCCCUUGUGCAUCCAGUGCUUUCUUGAAGGCGAGCACCGUGAGCAUCAAACCAAGUGUGUCAAUCUCGAAAGCGCACUCAUGCUGGGACAAGAGAAGCUGGAGCGCUGCUGGGCCAUUGUGAGCGACCUGCUUUCGUCCGCUCAAUCGAGUGUCGAUCUGCUGACAAAGUACCGCGAGGAGACGGAGCAAAGUUACGCAUACGAAAUUGCCGCAUGUCGGCGCAUCCGGGAGGCAUUAGAAAACCGACUCGAUAUUGCCAUGCGGAAUCUGUUGCACAGCGCUAUUGAACAGCGGGAUCGCAAACUGGCCGUGUUUGGAGCUCAAUUGACCGACCUCACCACUUUGGUGCCAAAGCUUCAGGACGCCAUUUCCAUCACAUCCCUUUUUCUCGCUUCCACCUCAAUGACACCGCACGAACAAGCUCCCCUCCUUUCGAGCAUUGGUGCUUCGAGGAUGCUGGCCAUCACGAGCAACACUACUGAGGAGGCCUCCUCAUCAACCGCAUCAUCCACCAUUCCGGCCGAUCAAGCAAAAGGGGCAGCAGCGAUUAUGCAGAAGCGAUCGUCCUUUUUUGCCUUGUUACGGCACAUCAUUGACCGCUUGCAGCGCGUCUGUCAACUUCCUUUUGACGUCAUGCCGGCCGAAGGAUCGAAAAUCAAGAUCAAUGGUAAAAAGGAGUUUGCGCGCCAGAUUGCGAGCGAGCUUACUCCUUACGACGCAUCAGCUGCGGCCAACAGUGACUAUGCAUUCCGAAGACGAGCAGGAAGCGGACGUCGGGCUACUGCGCUCAAAGAUUCCGACGACGCGGACUCGAUGCAGGUGUCAACACCACUCUCGUUCACGGCGCUGUCAGACCCGGCAUUUGCGUUGAUACUGGAUCUGUCACAAGAUCCGCCAACACCUCUGCGGUCGAGCGGCGUCUUCCAAGCGCCUGAAUUUCCUGCGCCACUUGAUGCAAGCAAUGCUCCGUUGACCGAAUCAUUGCUGCAUCCAUCGGCGACACACACCGCAGCCAUCGCGCCGUCACUCGUCGAGUCUCAAUCCCACGCGGGUGGCAGCGCCUCGUCUGCUCUCUCCGACAAGUCCAACGAAGCCUCUGGGGCCAACCAGCAGCUACCACGGCCUGGAGAACCCACAGCGACGCAACAACGGCAUCGAGAGCUGCCUUCCGAACCGUCUCCCGAGCACACGCCCACAGCAGCAGCGUCCCUCGCGACGAACGAGCCAGCUCUUGCACCUCAGAACAAUGGGCCGGAGGCACAGGCGCCGACUGUUGUCCUCACACCACCCGUCGAUCAGCUUUCGUCGGAAGGCGGCGCAGGCGAGGCCUCCCAUCCCCUUGCCAACGGCAAAGUCUCGCCUCCCACCACGCGCAUGCCAAGUUUCCUUGAGGACGAGAAUGAGCAGCUGUUUGCCCACCUUUCCCUCGAGUUCAAAAUGUUCAUGGACCAAACAUUUAUGCGCCUGUCCGAGCUCAAAGUGACUGUCCAAGAACUUCAUCGCGAUCUCACUGCGCGCAAAUGCAAGCCCAAGCCGAAAGAGAUUGCCAAGGUGCUCGAAGAAGGCAAUUCCAUCCGCAUUGCGGUGGAAAACCAACACUUGGAGCUGGACAAGACGGAAAUCCUGCUCACCGAGCGUUGGCGCCAAAUGUUUGAGCAAGUUGCGCGAGAACAAGAGCAGUUUUUGAUGCACAAGCAGUCGUUCGAGGCCAUGAUGAUGGAAAAUGGCCAUCUCGUUGGCAUCCUGGACCAGCUGUCAGCCUUCAGCCAAACGCUGUCCAGUUCGAUUGAAAAGUCCGAUCCGCGCUUCGAGGUGACUGCGUCGGGCGGGUCGAUGUCGGCCAUCCUCGACCAAAUCCGCGUCCUCAAUCCCAACAGCGAGCAGCGUCUCGAUGCCAUCCGCGUCGCCCGCGAACAGCGACAGACCAUCAUUGACGGUGUGCCCAACGAGAUUGCCGAGGCUCUUCGGGAAGGCAAGACCAAGCUUCGGAAUGUCACCAACAAGGACUGAGAGCGCACUUUUUUGUUGUGUUGCAAACCCUUUUUCCCCCAGAACCACCAUUUGUUACGCUCUUCAUCUUAUCAAUAAACACACACAGUCACAGCAAUGGGAACACUCAGAGCAAGAUGACUCACCACGC